AUGCAAUCUUUCGCAGCAGAUUCGUCUGCGCACGAGGCGAUGCACGGUCACCCAGUAGACCAACUGAACUCAAAGCUAUGGGAUUAUCAUUCUCCAGUCUGGGAUGUUUUCAGAUCUCAAGUUCAGCAGUUGAAGCUCUCCUUGAGCACGGUGCAGGUUGAGGAGAGGUAUAAGCAAUUGUGGGACCAGAGUGCGGAUAGGUAUGAUUCGUUCGAACGAGCGAGUGGCUCAGUUCUCACCAGAAUCGGUUGUGGGGUUUUCGCCAGGUUGUGCGAUAUAACGACCCCGAAGACUUAUCUCACGUUCGCCCAGCAACCGGCGCGGGGAAGUCUACUCUCAUCAACGCUUUACUCGGUUGUCAGGGUUCUCUCUUCCCUAUCUAUGAUUACCAUCUGGCUUAAACCAUCUUUACUUCUACAAGGUGAUAUCCUUCCGGUCAAGGGUAAUCGUGCCGGCACCGCGACUGUCACCGAAAUCUCGUAUCACUCCAAAGCGACCUACGAAGCGGACGUCAGUAUUGUCGACGUCGCUCGCUGGACAGAGGAACUUUCCAAGGUACGAAGUGAUAUAACCAACCCAACUGAUGGCACCAUGGACGUCCUCCUGGACUCGAAAGGCGACGUGGCGGUCGCUUUGUCUAAGUUCAAAUCCGUGUACCCCGAGAUGUCUCUGGAAGAGUUCUUUAAAAUGACAGAUGAGGAGGUUAUAGCCUCGGAUCCCACCGUCCAAUCUCUGCUCGGAACAAUCCAAUAUUUCACCGCUCCGGACCCCCAAUCGCUAGCCGCCCAGAUAAACCCCUACAUCGACUCCCAAGAAAUACACACCCGCAAACCCCCCAAACGUCAAAAACUCUCUCACAACCCCUCCUCUUCCACCGCGACCAACGGAGCUCGAGCCUUCUGGCCCCUCGUCUCUGGGGUACAAAUGAAGUGUAAAUCGGAGGCGUUGCAGUCUGGUGUCGUACUUGUGGAUCUGCCUGGAUUUUGGGACUCGAAUGCGGCGAGGGAGAGUGUGGCGAGGGAGUACUCGAAGGCGGAUGUUUUGUGGAUCGUGGCGCCGAUGCAGAGAGCGGUGGAUGAUAAAUUGGCCAGGGACUUUCUGGGUGAUGCGUUCAAGACUCAGAUGAAAAAUGGCAAGUAUGAACCCGAGAAACUAGCCAUUAUCGCGACCAAGUGUGAUGAUAUUUCGAACUACAAUAUGCGAAGUACCCACGACUGCGAUAAUGACGAUGAAUUCGACGAUAUCGACCAGCGAUUGCAGGAGUGUAGGGAAACUCUCGCGGACCUUGAAGAGAAGCGCUUAACAGCUUCGCGUGCGGAGAAAGGGGAGAUAAUGGAACGGAUUGAGGAGGUGAGAAACGAGCAGCAGAGAGCUCUUCGCGACGAGCGUGCGCUUUGCUCGAAGAAGCGCUCGCAGAGCGCCUGCGCCGAUCUUCAAGCACAAUUUCGCGAAGGCAUCCUCAAGUCUCGCACGUCGAUGAAAGGUCAGGACGAAGAGGACGACGAGGAUAUCCAAGAACUCGACGUCUUCACUUGUUCUUCCACAGACUAUCUACUUUUGCGCCAAGGAGACCCGACACGUCCCCCAAACUGCUUCACCAACCCAGCCGACACAGGGAUCCCCUCCCUCCUCGCCUCAUGCCACAACCUCACCCUCGCCUCUCGGACAGUCCAAGCCGAAACCUACAUCCAUGAUUUUACGACGUGGAUACAGGAAAUUGAGGACCAUUUUCGUCAUGCAUUGGCUGGGGGGACCGCGGAUAAGAGUUUGGUGGAGAUGAAGGAGAGGUGGGAUUCGGGGCCUGAGUUGGACCCUCAGAGUCAAAACAAAGCUGAUCUCGAUGUCAGCGAGGUAAACGGUGGGAUCGCGCGUUUAUUGAGGCAGAACUUCGAGAAGAUCACGCUUUGGGUGGACCUGAGUGUCAGGGAGCGGUUUGAGAACUGCUUGGGCGCUGAUUGCGAGCUUGGCGAAAAGCUGGCCAUAAAGCAGGCACCAGAGGAACUGGAAAAAUUCUUCACUCUGCCUUGGCAGACACUCCGUGCAGCUUUUCGCCGACAUGGAGUCAUCAACUCCACGAACUUCAACACCGCUCUCAUGGAGCCCUUCAAGCAACAAAUUUCCACCCCCUGGGGCAAAACCUUCCAACACAACAAAAAACUACCCAUAUUCGACAUCUUCCGAGCCAGCGUCGCCGAACACAUCGAUACCGUACUGAACGCAGUCGAGCAUUCUUCCCCUGCCGGCUCGAACACUCGCAAACUGUUGAAGGAGAAGAAGGAUGUCUGUCGGGAUUUGGUGCAUACGGCUCUGGUCACUGCGGAGACUGAGGCCCGAAUGGCUGUGUACAAUGGUCAGCGCGAUAUAUCGCAUACGUUGAUUGGGAGGAGUGUGAAGCGGGGGCUUGAGGAAGGGUAUAAUGGUGCGGCUGCUAUCAAUGGUAAAGGAAGUGUGACUUCACGACGGGAGUUCUUCAAGAAGUAUUUCGAUGAGCAUUACGAGCAGAUAAUAAAGGAAACGGCAGCGGAGGUACUCUUUAAGGCCAUGUCCCUCGUGAAGCAGAUGGUCGUCAUUCUGGAACGAAAACUCGCAGAGCUAGCUUGGACAAUCGAGCUACGGUAUGCCAGUCUAUGGGCCACAGUACCCGACACACAUGCUCAGCUCCGUGCGCGGGCUGCGGUGAAGAGGCUCUGUGAAGAGUUGAGAACGAAGAUAGAACGUUAUGUGGACAAUGGAAUAUCAGCUACAGGUGUUAAGCCUGAGAGAAACGCCAACGUCGUCGGAUAA